UCUCCCUUGUUUUUUUCUUUUGAGAUUUGAGAAAUCUCUUUCCCCUUCCUCUCCUAAUGCGGUUCUCGACCGCAGCUUUGCCCUAGCUUGGCCUCGCCGCGACGCCUAACCCACAGCUCCUCCGCCCCUCACGCGAGGCGCGUCACCUCCAACUCCCCCGCUUCUCACGCGCGGCGCCGCGUCCCUGCAGUCUCCACCCCGUCUGGAAUCUGGCCCCCAUUGGUUUCUGAGGUCUAGCCUGGAGCGGAGCUCUUGCUGUUUCCGGGGAAGCUUGGGCUGAAAUCAUGGCAAACCUUGCUGAUUCUUUCUUGGCCGAUCUUGACGACCUGUCAGACAAUGAAGCAUAUCCUGAAGAAGACAAUGCCGAGGCAGCGGGUGUGGAUGAGGAUGGUGAUGAUGACAUGCUUGACCUUGAGGCCCUCAAUUAUGAUGAUCUAGACAGCGUCUCAAAGCUGCAGAAGACUCAACGUUAUAUUGACAUAAUACAAAAAGUCGAAGGAGCGCUUGAGAAAAACAUAGACUUAUCUAAUCAAGGAUUCAUUCUAGAGGAGGAUCCAGAGUACCAGCUUAUUGUUGACUGCAAUGCUUUAUCAGUAGAUAUUGAGAAUGAGCUCAUUAUAAUCCAUAAUUUCAUACGUGACAAGUAUAGGCUGAAGUUUCCUGAGCUGGAAUCCCUUGUUCAUCAUCCGAUUGAUUACGCUCGUGUUGUUAAGAAGAUUGGAAAUGAGAUGGAUUUAACACUUGUAGAUCUGGAAGGGCUUUUACCUUCUGCAGUUAUAAUGGUUGUCUCCGUUACAGCAUCAACAACUAGUGGGAAGCCUCUUUCUGAGGAGAAUUUGGUGAAAACAGUUGAAGCAUGUGACAGAGCCCUAAAUCUUGAUGCCGCAAAGAAGAAGGUGCUUGAUUUUGUAGAGGGCAGAAUGGGUUACAUUGCACCAAACCUCUCUGCCAUUGCUGGCAGUGCUGUUGCUGCAAAACUGAUGGGAAUUGCUGGUGGUUUGGGAGCACUUGCAAAAAUGCCUGCUUGCAACGUUCAGUUACUUGGAGCAAAAAAGAAAAAUCUUGCUGGGUUUUCUAGUGCCACAUCUCAGUUUCGUGUUGGCUAUCUUGAACAUACAGAAGUAUUUCAGAGCACCCCUCCAGCCCUGAGGACACGUGCUUGCAGACUUAUAGCUGCAAAGUCAACUCUAGCAGCAAGGAUUGAUUCAAUUAGAGGUGAUCCAACUGGAAAAGCUGGUCGGAACUUGUUAGAAGAAAUCCGUAAGAAGAUUGAGAAGUGGCAAGAACCACCUCCUGCAAAGCUUCCAAAACCACUUCCUGUUCCAGACUCUGAGCCUAAAAAGAAGAGAGGCGGUCGCCGCCUUCGAAAAAUGAAAGAAAGAUAUGCGGUGACUGAUAUGAUGAAGCUUGCGAACCGAAUGCAGUUUGGUAUACCGGAAGAGAGCUCAUUAGGUGAUGGCUUGGGAGAAGGUUAUGGCAUGCUCGGGCAGGCUGGAAGUGGGAGACUACGUGUCUCAGCUGCACAAAACAAACUUGCUGCUAAAGUGGCCAAAAAAUUCAAGGAGAAGAGCUAUGGUAGCAGUGGCGCGACAUCUGGAUUGACAUCUAGUUUGGCCUUUACACCAGUUCAGGGAAUAGAGCUGUCGAACCCACAGGCCCAUGGAAACCACCUUGGAAGUGGAACCCAGAGCACCUAUUUCUCUGAGACCGGCACAUUUUCGAAGAUCAGUAGGCCCUGAGGUUACAAGUCAAAAUCAGAAGGACCCGAGUUUAGAAGAGAGUAUGGUAGGGCCUGGUUUUCGUAGCAGCAAUAUGCAAGUAGGGUGGCAGCACAUGUAAAAUUUAGAGUUCUACUUUUCAGGAUGAAACCGAAUGUCCGGUCUUAACUGGUUGUGCUUGGUAAUGAUAGAAGACAUUGUUUUCAGACCUUUAGGGUGAACAACUAAGACCUAUUGAUCGAGCGACGAUGGCAUAAAUGUAAUUGAUAUCUCUCUAUAUUAAUAUAUUUCUUUUAUAAAAAAAAGAAGAGAGUAUAGUUUCUUGUUCCCAGAA